UCUCGAGCAAGGGGGUGGGCUUAGGCUUCUGCGCUCGCUCUCCGAGGUUUGGGCGCCUUUCUGAGUUGAGGAAUCGGGGAGGGGGAGGGAAGCGGUCGCCGUGCUGGAAGUGGUCGCGGUCGCCCCGCCGGCGGGUGAGGAGGCGGAGCCCUGUUCCCGUUUUCCUCGCCAUGUUACUGCCGUCUGACGUGGCCCGCCUGGUGCUAGGUUAUUUACAACAAGAAAAGCUUUUAGCCACAUGCAGAGCCUUUAUAUCAGAAAGUUCAGAUUUAAAAGAAUAUGCAGAGCAUUGUACAGGAGAAGGCUUUGUUCCAGCGUGUCUAUUGUCUCUGUUUGGAAAAAACCUAAUUACCAUAUUGAAUGAGUACAUAGCAAUGAAAUCAAAAGAAGCAACAAAUGAUGUUCCAGCGAUGAUGUCAUCUUUAUGGAAGAAGUUAGAUUAUACACUUUCUCAAAUCAGGAGCAUGCAGAAUUCUGGUGGAUUUUCUGCUCAUCAACGGAGCCGCACUAGAAGUGCAAUUGCCGAUAUGAAAAAGCAGAAGUGCCUUCAACAGUCAACCUCUUCUAAUUUAGGAUCAUCACCUGCAGUUUAUCAACCAGGACAACUAACUUCCACUGCAAUGACAGCCACGCAAGUUAUUCUUAAACCAAUUAUAACUUCAAAUCUGGCUCAGGCAAGAUUGAAUUCUUCAUCUGCACAUCAGGGCCAAAUUCAGGAAAGCCAACUUAAUACAGGUGAUUCCCUCACUCUGGUUUCAGCAUUCCAAGAGCGAAAGCUUAUCUCAAGUGUAUUGUCUCCAGGAAAAAGAAAAAGUGACUCCCAGAAGAAAAGGAAUAUGGCAUCAUCAGGACCACAGUUCUCUAACUGUAGCUUACGAGAUUCUCCUGUAGUGGAAAAAGAAUACUCGCCCAUGGAAGAAGAAAGUGAGCAACUAGAACUUAUUGAUGGUGACCUUCCUCAAAUGAUUAUUGAAAAUGCCAGAGAGAAAAUUUUGAGCAGCAAAUGUCUUCAGGAGAAGCUAGCUGAAAAUAUUAACAAGUUCUUGGGCAGUGAUGGCAAUAUGUCUCAGACAGCAAAACAGGCAGAAAGUGGUCCAACAAUACAAGAGUCUUCGAUUGAUGAAUUUCUUGGUCUUCAGCAGGGUGAAAUUCACAUGACAGAAGAAGCCAUCCAGGAGAUUCUGGAGCAAACAGAAUCAGAUCCAGCAUUUCAAGGACUCUUUGAUAUAUUUGAUUUUGGUAAAACCAAGAGUUGUAGAAAUGCUUCUCAGGGCAUUCCUACACAGAAUGGAGCAGAAAAUGCCAUUUUGGUGGAUGAAGAAAACCUAGAAGCACUUGAAAGUUAUAUUGGAACUAAGGAAAUUGGAGAUAAUUCGCACGUGAGUCUGUCAUACACAGAUGGUCAUUCAAAAGAAGCAUGUGUCCUAAAGACUAGUUGCAAUGAAAAUGAUUUGUCUUUAGAACAACAUCUAAAGAUGCAAACUAUAGUAGCUGGAGAAUUUUCUUCUGGCUGUGAAGUGAGAAGUCAAAGUGAACCAGUUGAAAUGGAGACACAUGACCAAAGAAUCAAGCACAAAGCUACCUUUGAAUCUGGGCAAAAUCAGGUCCCUACUACAGAGUUCACUGAGCACAAUAUAGAUUCUUACAACAAACAAGGAACAGCAACAAGGGAUUAUAGAACUGAUAAGGACAUAUUAUGUCAAGGUGUUCAGAACUUAGCUAAUCUGCAGUAUAAUCAGUUGGAUACUUCACAAACAGCGUUGCCUGAUAGAACUGAGUGUUGUUCUUUGCCAAAUCAUGUACUGUCUGAAAAGACAAGUACAAAAGUGCUUGCUCCCUUGAAAUCUGAUGAAAGUGAAACAGUGAACAAACUUGACAUGAAUUGUAGCCAUUCAGAAGAAACUGCUAAAAAUCUAGAGCAGGUAACAGACCAAUCAUCUGUGUUUCCUGUAUCUGCCCAGCAAAACCGAAACAGUCCUACUUCCUCUGAUUGUCAAUGCUCAGAUAAAUUGGAAUCAGAACCUGCCACAACACUUGUGGUUGAAGCAUCCAGUCCAAAUGUAGUAGAGCUCCAACUUGAAGUUGUUGGUACUUCCAAUAGUCUUAAUUUGGAUGAUCCAGCUACAGACCCAGACCCUUACUUAAAGUACGGAAACCAGAAAUUGGAGGAUUCUGAAAUCACACAGGUAGAAAUGCAAGAGCCAUCAUCUUCUACAAAAGCAGAUGCUGAGGGCUUAUUUUUAACUUCUGACAAUGAGAAGCACACAGAAACAACUACUGAGACCAAUCCCACUACAUCCAGUGAAUGUCAUUCUCCACUUCCAGAUCCAACAGGUGAAUCAAGUCCAGGGAACAAAGUUGCUGGGAGUGUUUCAUCUAGUAAUCAAGGCACUGGUGUAGAUUCUUCCAAUAUAGUUUCCCUAAAAAUUAUUAUUAGUGACGAUCCAUUCAUUUCAUCAGAUACUGAGCUAAACAAUGCUGUUUCCAGCAUCACUGGAGAAAAUGUGCCAACUAUAAUAUUAUCUUCUCCAGCUAAAUCACCAGCCAAGAUGACAGGAACAUCUAAAUGUAUAACAGCUGAAGAGUCUGAAAGGCCUGGAGAUUCAGCUUUGAUAGAACAGAAUCUUUUGGUCCUCAGAUCUCAAGAUUCUGUUGUGAGUUCAUUCAGCAUACAGAAUGAAGAUUGUGCAGUAUUUUCCAUUGCUGGAACAAGUAAUAUUGCCAAGGAUGGAGAAUUUAUUCAACUGUUGCCAGCCACAAGCACAUCUUUUGGCAGCUCCAAUAGUGUUUAUAUUGCCUCCUGUAUAACUGAGCCAACAGCACUGAGUACUAAUGUUACUCCAUCAAAUUUAGUUGUAUUUCCUGGCAAUUCAACUUCUCUUGCAUCACAGGUUCCAGUGCCACCACAGUUACGGACGCCUCCUAGGACAAACAGUUUGUUUGCCAUGAACCCACCAAUGUCUCCAAACUUUUCACAGGGUUCUGCAAUUAUAAUUGCUUCUCCAGUACAGCCUGUAUUGCAAGGAAUGGUGGGGAUGAUUCCUGUGUCUAUAAUGGGACAAAGUGGAAAUACUGUCUCAGAUCCUUCCCGGCAGAUUCUGCAUAUGCCAGUACAGACUUCACUGAGCAAUGGAGGUGUUCCUAAGCUUCCUCUUCCUCCAAAAUCUCACAGGAUACCAAGAAACAAAUCAAAUGCAGGAAAGCCAGUGCUCAGUGGAUCAGAACCUGUAAAUCAUCCUGGUUCUCGAGUUCAGAGAAUUGGAAACUCAGAGAAGAAUAUUUGCAUGGACUUGAAAAAGAAGCUAGAAACUGUGCCAGCUGAUACUACAAGCCUGGGUUCCAAACAAAACGGAAGUCACAGAAGAGUGCUUUACUUUGACAGCACCCAAGCAUCACAGAAAGAAAAGAAUGAGAAUUCUCUAAUCUGUGAAAGCUCUCCUAGUACCGUGCUUUCAUCAACAAAAACUCAACCUUGCAAGAGAGAACGUGAAAGAACUCUGCCAAGAAUUUUAUGUAAGCCAGAUAUUACUGGCAAAAAUUUGGUUGUAAAGGAAAGCCAACUAGAGAAAAAAGGUUUGGGUCCAGGACUAGCAUCGGAUGUAUUAAGAAAACAGACAGCAAAUAAAGAGAAUGAACUAGAAAGGAACGUUGAUGAAGUCCCCCAAACUCAGGAGGUGGCAGCCUUAUCCAACAGCCAACAAAGUCUUCAUCAUGAGAAGAACUGUUCUUCAGCUCAGGAAAUAACUAAAAAACAGGGGCUUCAGCCCAAUGCCAAUAAUAAAAAUGCAGGCAUUUUGCCCUCAAAGGAGCCUAAAAAAGAGCAAACUAAAUCUCCCAAUCAAGUCCAUAGCUUGACCAGUCCUUUAACUAAGCAAGCUGUGGAAAUGCUGUAUGAUAUUCAAAGACAUAGCCCCACUAGUAAACUACCUGAAAACGGGGAACUGCCAGUACCCCGUACACCUUCAGGUACUAGUGAUAGACACUCAGAUGAUACCUUUGAUAUAAUAAGGACCCCAACCUGUAGACGGUAUAGUGAAGAUAGUACAACACCAAGGAUCAUGGUUCCUCCAGCCACUCCUGAUUUGCCAGCUUGUAGCCCAGCAAGUGAAACAGGUAGUGAAAACAGUGUUAGCAUGGCUGCCCACACUUUGAUGAUACUUUCACGGGCUGCUAUUGCAAGGACUAAUACAACUACUCCUCUUAAGGACAAUACUCAACAGUUUAAGUCUCUAAGAAGUGCAGCAAAAAAAAGAAAGCAGGAAGACUCGGUUGACUGUGAAAGGAAUUCCCGGACUACCAGUAAAAAGGAUGUUCAGAACUUUACAGUGCCCAUAAAGAAGAAGAAGAUAAAGCAGAAGAAAUUACCAAUUGCCUUUCCUGCAGAAAUGGAUGUGGAUAAAUUUUUAUUAUCGUUGCAUUAUGAUGAAUAAAUGCCAGCUGUAUUUAAGCACAGGUGUUCUUCAGCAGGAUUGAGAAGAAAAGAGAACAAAUUUAGGAUUAUAUUGCAUAGUCCAUUACAAUUCCACUUCUGAAAAGAAAAUCAGCCUGAAUCUGAGGAAAUCUGAGAAAAAUCUGUUUUUGAGUGAACAUUUAAAGGUUCUACGUUAAGUUUGCAGAGUUUAUAUUGUGAUGUAAUUAUUGUACAGUUUUUCAAGUUGUAAAACAACAAAAUGCUACUUUUAUUAA